AUGAAAAAUUUAAUAUUUCUAAUAAGUUUUUUCACUUGUUUAUUAUUUAAUAAUUUUAUCUAUAAAGAUAUUCCUGAAAUAAAUCAACUUUCUUUCCAAGAAAGUGCUUCAUCUUGUAGUAAUAAUUUAAUAUUUUUUCAUGAUAAUACAAUGUUUUAUAUGAUAAUUAUUCUUGUAUUAGUAGGAUGACUAUUAUUUUCAAUAAUUAUUAAUAAAAAUUAUAACAAAUUUUUACUAGAAAACAAUUUUAUUGAAAUUGUAUGAACAUUAAUACCUGCUAUUAUAUUAAUAAUUAUAGCUAUUCCUUCUCUAUUUUUAUUAUAUUCUAUUGAUGAAAAUGUUGAACCUUCUUUAACUGUAAAAAUAGUUGGUCAUCAAUGAUAUUGAUCUUAUGAAUAUUCUAAUUUUUCACCAAAUAUAGAAUUUGAUUCUUAUAUGAUUCCUACUACAGAUUUGAACCAAGGUGAUUUUAGAUUACUUGAAACUGAUAAUGAUCUUGUUUUACCAGUUAAUACAAAAAUUAAAUUAAUUGUUUCAAGUGCUGAUGUUAUUCAUUGUUGAACAGUACCUUCUUUAGGCGUAAAAGUAGAUGCUAUUCCAGGUCGUUUAAAUCAAUUAAAUUUUAUUAUUAAUAGACCUGGUAAAUUUUUUGGUCAAUGUUCAGAAUUAUGUGGUCUUAAUCAUUCUUUUAUGCCUAUUUCAAUUUAUUCCGUUUCUCAAGAAAAAUUUAUAAACUGAUCUAUUAACAAAACUUAA